AUGAGGGAUGCAACGCUGGGAGCAGGCAUCAAGCUCACGCCGACGCCCUCACCCUUCGCGAGCGCCAAGAACAGCCUCCGUUCUCCCAUCAAGGCGGCCCGCGCCGAAGCCACCCUGGCCCUGCGCACCGUCAUAGGCACGACCACCAGCACCGCCAAUGCCUUUGACAGCCUCCCUGCCGCGCGCUGCCUUGCCUACACAGCCGGCGCAGCCGCCGUCGUAGCCACCGUCGACGCGCAGAACCACAUCUCCCAGCGCUUCUACCGCGCCCGUCCCACCACCCACCCCAUCAACUCGUCCGCUUCUAUAUACGGCGGGCCUGCCACGCCCACGCAGAACGAGAGCCGCAACAGAGCAGCUGCUUCGUUGCGCGACGCCGGCCUCGGCCCGUCGCCUCACGCAACGCCAGCGGCAAACGACUGGAGCGACUCGCCCAACAACAGGGCAUGGACUGCCCGCGAGAGGAUCAAGGCAGCGACCUGCGUCAGCUUCAGUCCAGACGGGAGGUUUCUGGCAGUGGGUGAGACAGGCUACAGACCGCGCGUGCUCAUCUUCUCAAUCUCCCCAGAUGCGCCCUCAGACACGCCCCUGACUGUUCUCGCGGAACACUCCUUCGGCGUCAACUGUGUAGCCUUCAGUCCUGACUCGCGCUACCUCGCAAGCAUAGGCACGGCGCAGGAUGGCUUCCUCUACGUGUGGAGCAUCAAUUCUCGCACGGGAGCCGCCGCACUGCACUCCAGCAACAAGUGUGUGAGCAACAUCAACCGCAUGACGUGGAUGGGGAACAGGCUCAUCACCGUGGGCACGCGGCACGUCAAGGUGUGGUCCCUCGAAGAUCGCAGUCCAGUCCAACGAGUAUCGAGACCCCGUCAGAGCGACAUGUUCUCCGGCAGCACACACAAGCCGCUGUCGGGCAGGAACUGUCUGCUUGCAGACCUGCAAGAUGCAACCUUCACAAGUGUCUGUCAGGUAGCACCUAACAAGGCAAUCGUAGCAUCAGAACGAGGCGAUCUGUGCUUGAUAGACGAGACCGAUCGAGAGCAAAACUUCGCCCGCGUCUCUCACGCUGGCUUCUCCGUCAGCUCGAUGGCGGUUGACGACAAGGGGCGACUCCACCUCGCAGGCAGCCACGGAGGCUUGAAGACCCUCACCGUCGCCAGUCUCGUCAGCAAGACUCCACCGCCAUCACCGUCGUCUCAGGGUUCCCGAGGUGACUCGCCCACCAUCUCCAUCACGGAUGGCAGCAACCAGAUCAGCGCAAUUGCCUGUCUCGCCGACCACAUUGUGACGGUAGAUUCGCAACGUGCUAUUCGAUUAUCACACUUGUGCUCGCGUGGUCCGCCCCAGGACACAGAAUUCUCUGCUUGUUGUUCAGACGAUGAUACAAGUAUUGGCGAAGUCAUCCACACACUGCCGGCUCAUGGAGAUUCUGUGUUGGGCGUAGGGGUCUUGUCUCGGCCCAACCAUCUGGACGCCUCUUACUAUACGUGGGCUGCUGGCGGCAGUGCCAUUUUCUGGAGUCAAAACGGCAGUACCCAGAGACUACUGCAAGUGGCGCUCGAAGAGUCCGCUGGUCCUGACGCUGUUUCGAACGAACUCCGUACCGUUCGCGCCUCGGCUGACGCCAGCUUUUUCGUCACCGGAGACAAGCUCGGUGUGUUAAGAAUCAUUGAUUGCAGAACAGAAGCCAUCAUUUUCGAGUCCCGAGCGCACUCGAAUGAGAUCACGAGCAUUGCCAUUUUUGAAGACGACAGUUCGACUCUGGUCGCUUCUGCAAGUAGAGACCGUACCGUGCAGGUCUUCGGUCGAGAAAGAGGCGUCUGGACCCUGCUGCAAACUCUGGACGAGCAUGCUGGAUCGGUGCUCGGUAUACAGUUCUCACAGAACGGCAAACGUCUCGUCUCGUCAUCAAGCGACCGCAGCAUCGUCGUCCGCGAGAUGCUCUCACGGGAAGAGGAUGGCGAAACCAUGCGCGCUUUCUUCUUUCUCCGCUGCAUAGCUUUCAAGUCUACGCCUGUGUCCAUGGCGUGGGACAUCGAUCAGGACGAUGUGCUGCUGGCUUCCACUAUCGAUCGUCAAGUGCACAAGUACGAUCUACAAAGCGGCCAAUGCCUCAGCAACUUCAAAGCAUCAGAUACAGAUGGGGGUGACGCUGUCGUACUACACUCCUUGGCUCACAUCCCAAGAGAAUGGGGCUCCCCCCUCAUUGCAGGAGUCUCGAGUACGGACAAGUCGAUACGCAUCUACGACGAAAGCGGUACCCUUCUCGCCCGCGACUGGGGACAUACCGAGGGGGUCACUGACAUCGCGUACGUGCAGCCGUCGACAUUGCAAGAGGACGACUCGCGCGAAAAGUCUCUUGUUACAGUCGCGGUGGACGGAACCAUUUUUGUCUGGGCCCUGGCACUACAGGCACCAUAUCGGCAAGAGUUGUCAAAAUCAAUGGACGUGCUGGGAGCAACAUCACAAUCGACACAAAACCUGCUAGCGAGUAAGCCUCCACUGCGCCGUGUGCUGUCACAAUCCGAGAUCGCCAAGUUCCAGCGCUCGCCAGACGAGAGUGGGUGUCCAACACCCACCGGCAGUCGAUCACCUACUUUGAAGAAGAAAUUUUCAAAGUAUUCGCUGGAGAAGACGCAGACACCGAAGCUUGAUCCGUCGCCGUUACCUAGUAUUGUGCGGGAGAGGAGAAAUGGAGGCCCAACAAACCACACGUUGCUCCGCAGAAAGAACAACACUUCGCCGUCACCUCCAGUCUCACCAAAGGCGCGCACCACACAGAGACGUGGCUCGGUUGACGUUAGAUCUCGAUCGAACCUCAAAGCGGCAAGCGAUGUGGGAAGUCUCGCAGGAGCGAGCGAGAGCCUUUGCAGGCAGCUCAAAGCGUAUCGCAAACGUCUCGCCACCAGCACGGAAACGUUGGACAUGGACAUGGUCACAGAGGUUCAGCGAGAGCUCGCAACGACCGCCAGAGCGAUUGGUGAGCGAGCCAAGACGAAAGAGCUUGACGAGGUUGGUGUGUCAAAGCUCUUAGACCAGUACUCAGAGAGGCUGGUCAACAUACUCGAUGAGAGGAUCGCGGCGAGCGUGGCUCUGCGGGCGCGUCAAGACAGCGAGGCUGGGCUAUCGACACCGGUGCGGUCACCUGCGGAUUACAGGCGGUCACCGAGCCCGCUGAGCAACGCUGGAAACGACACCAGUGCAGGCGAUGAGGACUACAAAGAGGUCCACACGCCCACUGCGACGUCCACCGAGACCAAGGAAGAGAUGCCGGACAGAUGA